AUGCCUUUAAUCAACGUGGAGGCUCCUCCCACGAGCACCGACACUCACUAUGUCGUCUACUUUGGGUCACCGGAUAAUGGCCAGUCAUCAUGGUGCCCUGACUGUCGAAACGCUCUUCCGGCUCUCCAAAGCGUCUUUGGUGCAGACUCAGCGCCUUCGGCAUAUGUGGUCCAAGUUACGCGCGCGGAGUGGAAGGGCAACCCGAACCACAAGUGGCGCCAACAGCCAUUCAAUAUCAGUGGCGUCCCUACAGUUGUGAGAGUGGAAAACGGCAACGAGGUUGCGCGUCUUGGAGAUGAUAGCCAGGAAGAGUCAGCUUUGAGAAAGCUGAUUGCAUAA